AUGGCGACGGAGGAGAGCAACACUAGGGUACAGGAGGAAAAUGUUGACAGAAAAGAGGACCCUCCAAACUAUCAAUUCCUCUCUUUAGCACAAAUCAAUUCUCUUUUAGAGGAUGAUGUGGAUGGAGUCCAAAGACAAAUUGAAGAAUUCCUUGAAUUUAAAGAGUAUCAGACUAAUUUGAAAGAAGCUAUAUUGGUGGAUUAUUAUGUAUCUGGAUUUUGGUGGGGGAAGGAGAUGAAGUUUACAUCCCAGCAGCUGGUAGGAUUCAUGGCAUUAUUACACGAUCUACUGGAAAAUGUUGGAACCAAACAUAUGACUCUUGAAGAGAACCUAAUAGAGCUGUCAAAGGCACUGGCUGGCAUUGGAAAGAGCAACGUUUAUGGAAAGGGUAGACUCAGUUUCUUCAGUGUUGAACAAGCCAAAGACAUUAUCAACUACUGUAAAAUUAGUUUAUUCCAGCAUUACAAGCUAUACGAAUGGAUGUUCAACUUUCCAAGAGAUGAGGUGGUCAUAAGUGCAGAGCAAGUUAUAGAGGUUGCAAAACCAGCAGAAACACCUUUACCAUCACCGCUUGAAGAAGGUAUACCUUCUGAGAUCUAUAUGCAAUUCAUGGCUCCAGUUCCAUUACAAAACUUAAUGGAAAACAAGGAGACAGAGAAGACUGAUGAAGAUUUGGAGAAAGGUGAAAGUUUAAAUGCUGUUGAUCCUCCUAAUAUACUUAGCAUGGGGAAAGUGAAGACCGUCUUGAACCAGGCCACAGUGGAAGCUAUGGGCAGCCUUCAAACUGAGAUAAAUGAAAAGCUGAGAGUGCAGGAAGAGGCCUACCCUGAAAAAAUAGAAAACUUGGAAAAGCCAUGACAUUCUCACCAGUCUGAAAUGUCAGAUAUGAGAUUUUCACACUGAAAAUUCUGCAGAAAUGUUUUUCUUGCUACAUUACCAAAUAUUAAUUGUAUAAUAU